UCGGCUAGUUAAGGCAUAAAUCCUUAUGAUCAACGCGAAAACAUAAAUAUCUCUAGUUCCCAGCGGCCCCACUUCUCCUGACUCUGGUGGCGGUCAAGAAGAAGGUGCAGCAUCAGAUGUCCAGAAACUCCAUAUAACGGGGGAUGAGUGUUGAUAUUCGGAGGGUGCUCGACAUGGAUUGGACACGAAAAGUUGAAUAUAGAUGCUGCCUGAAAGAGGCCUAUGUCCAUUGUGGAUGUACAUGUUAGUAUAUUGGCCAAAGAUGAGAUAAUCAAUCUAAAGAUUAUAUUACUAGCCCGAUCCCCGGUUAGCUUCAAAUUAAGAGAAUUCAGAAUCUUCAUUCAUUAUACCUAACCUAACCUGUUUACUUUCCUAUAUCUAACAACAGAUUUACUUCAUUUGAUUAGAUGAAGAAAAUCUGUUGGAAUCUUGAAUACGGAGGGAAGAGGCUGUUUAAAAAAAUCUCCUGACCCUAUCAGGCGUUAAAAACUUAUUGUUUAUGUAGAAUUAUUUGCAUACAAAUACGAACAAAAACUAUUUAUGGGCUAUUACAAAAUAAAAAAUUCUAAUAAAAAUCCCACGAGAUUGAUUUUAUCUCCAUACGCGCUGUUGGCCUUUUGGAAUGUUUUGGAAUUGAAAAACACAUACCUUGACCUUCUUUCUUGGAGUCACAUUAAUUUAUAUUCUACGUGUUUUUAAUUUAAUAUACACCUUAGUCAUUAGUUUUAGCAGUUGAUUUUUUAAUAUCGAUUGAAGGAUGAAGGAUUAACUACAGGAACUGAUGAAUGCUCUCAAAAAAUCAAACUCAUUAUUUUAGUUUAAAAAGAAUUUUUCUAGAAGUUCUUUCAAUACGCUUGGUUUAAAAGUUGAGUGAUAAUGAUGAUUAGUACAGUGUGUUUAAGAUCUUAAAAUUAUUAGCUUUGAGCGUCCAAAAUAUGCCUUGAAGUUUAUCUUUUAGAAAUUCUUUAGAUUUACAGGAAACUGGCUAUUUUUGGUUCCAGAUGGCGUUCUUGGUGUUGGCUUCUACUGGGUACUAGAACUUUGCUCGUUGAGCCGUUGCAAUUAGUUUAGUCUAACCAGUUUUUGUAUUGCUCCUGGUAGAGAUUGGGGAACACUCGUUUACAAUGAAGUUCCUCUAUGUAACGGUACCUGAAACACACCUGUUUAAAUUUGUUUCUUUUACACAAAUUAGGCGCUUUGUACAGGGACCGUAUCAAAACUCCAUAAUUUAUGGUGACCCCACUUAAUGAAUAUAGCUACUUGAGGAUCGUCAUUAGAAUACUUUUAUUGAGUUUAAAUACUUUGACUUGCUGCACAAAGUUUAUAAACAACACUCAUUCAGACACGUGCCCUAUAUAAACAGACUAUUGUCUUAGCAACUAUCUGAUACAAAGUAUUUGAUAUACAUUUGGAGUUUGGACAAUCGUGUUUUGAACUAUUCUUCAUUGUUAGGGAAGGUUUUGUGGAGCUGAGCCGGGGUGAUGAAGGCAGUAUGCACCCUGCACCGGUUUGAUUGACAUAAUAACGUGGGCACUGGGCAGGUAGCGAGGGGGGAGCUCAGCUCUGAGCAGUGAGCUCAGUCGAAUCGCGUUCGCCGCACGCUGUAGUCGCGUGAGCCGUGAGUUUGAACCACAACCGGAUCGUAUGCCGGUCCUGUCGGCGCGAUGGCGGCCCGCGGCUUGAAAGCUGCGUGAUGUUGAAGCAUGCUCAGCGGCCGCCGGCGGCGAACGAUGCCGACCACCGCUACCAGAACAUGCCGCGGCGGCCGCACCACCACCUCCCGCUCAACGUCUCCACCCUAGACUCCUCGAAGCAUUCCGUCGGAGGCACGUCUGCGAGCGUCAGCCCCGGCGCCCAGCCGCCCACGACCCCGGCCGCCAUCCCUGUCGUGACCCCAGUACCAGUCGUCUCACCGCCGAAACUAGCCAAUGGAAACGUUACAGGCGUCCCCAUUCCCCGCCCGACGCCUUCGAGGAGUCGAAGCACGCGAGCGGCCACGGAGGAGGCCCUCACGUCCUUAGCGUUACUGUGCCUCGUCAGCUUACUCCUGGCGUUGCUCGCCUUGUUGUUUCUCCUGAAGAUUUCCGCGCCGGCGACUAGCUCGCCCGAGGAAUUCGCUGUGGUGUACGAAGUGACGUUAGCUCUGUGUGCGUUGACACUAUCGUUGAACCUCUGUUGCUUACUAGUUUGUGCUAUCCAGUUCUUGUUCGCUGUGAAGCUGGUGCACUCCCCCUCAGCGCCUAACGGCCGAUCCAACAAAUAUUUGCAAAAGUCGGCCAUCACAAGAGUCUGUGCCGUAGGAGGCUUUUUUAUCUCAAUUCCAGUGUUUUUAACGGGUAUAAUCCUCUACACCUUCAUCCAGUUCCACUCAACACCAGCCAUCGUAACCUCAGUCUUCAUAGGAGUAGGCAUAAUCUUCUGCGGCUGUGCCAUGGUCCACAACGUGUUCGUGUGGCAGAAGGAGAAGACGAACUUAGUGAAAGCGUUCCGUUCUCCAGAGCUGAGCACGAGUAACAACGUGAACGCGAGUAGCAUGAGCGCGUGUAACGGCGUGGUAAUGGGCAACGGGCGCCUGAACAACACCGCGCUCAGCCUGCACAGCAUGCCGGCGCCCUACGCGCACCCCAUCACGCUGCUGCAGCAAGGCGGGCCCUAUAUCAUCAGGCCCCCAACGAGUACGCCGCCGGGUGAGGGCGCCGUCACACCGGGCGUGCCGGCCGCGACCAUCGACCUCAGCACGCACGACACGCACGAACUCAGCACGCUCGUCUGAACAAGUCUUAUAAAGUGUGCCAGAGAGCCACAAUAGGUCAUAGCUACCGUAUCACUAACACCCGUAUUCACAAACGUUACUAUGAGGUCUCAUAGUGCGCUCGAACGCACAGUGUCCGUUCCACCAAUCAGAUGACUGUAUCACGUCAA